CACCAGAAAAUGAUCCAUUCUACACCGUAGAUCUCACUUCCAAUCAACGGGUGAUGCUCAUUUUCCCACUUUCACGCGGAUUGAUAUUCCUAUCCGUCGAUUAACAAGUAAAUUCCCAAAUUUUAAACGGCUACGAUUCAUCCCCCGCCACAUUUUACCGCCCACGAAAUCCACGCCCCUCCAAAUCCCCCUUGUAUAAAUACCCUCUCCCAACCCCUCGUUUCUCAUUGACUUCAAAUUCCAAACCCUAGAUUCUUCUUUUUCUUCUUCUUCAAAUUCCCGUGUUUGAAAAAUGUCUGGUCGUGGAAAGGGAGGCAAGGGAUUGGGAAAGGGAGGAGCAAAGAGGCACAGAAAGGUUCUGAGAGACAACAUCCAGGGAAUUACCAAGCCAGCUAUUCGUAGGCUUGCUCGUAGAGGUGGUGUGAAGCGUAUCUCUGGUCUGAUCUAUGAGGAGACUCGUGGAGUUCUCAAGAUCUUUUUGGAGAAUGUGAUUCGUGAUUCAGUUACCUACACUGAGCAUGCCAGGAGGAAGACUGUUACUGCGAUGGAUGUUGUUUAUGCUCUUAAGAGGCAGGGAAGGACUCUGUACGGAUUUGGUGGUUAGAUUUGGGGUUUUUAGCUCUGGGGAAAUGGGUGGUAGGUAGUAACUGUAGCAUUUAGUUUAUGAUGCUUUUGUGGUUGCGUUGGUUGGUUCUGUUUAGUGUUCUUAUGGUCUAGACGCAUGUAAUAUCUGGUUACAUUAUCUAUGAACAAAGUUAUGUUUCUAGUAA